UUGAUAUGAUGAUUAGAGCAUAACCAGAGUGACACGUUGAAUUCGCCAUAAUCAAGGAAACCUUUUCCGGGUGGGGAUCUCUGAAAUCACUCAGUGAGCAACCCUAAUUAACCUGAUUUUUUGCUGAUAAUCACUCUCAAUGGAAUCAAAUCACAAAUCCGGGGAUGGAUUGAGCGGCACCCAGAAGGAAGCGGCCCUCCGCGCCCUGGUCCAGCGCACAGGAUAUAGCUUGGUCCAGGAAAAUGGACAGAGAAAAUAUGGCGGCCCUCCCCCUGGAUGGGAUGCUGCACCCCCAGAAAGGGGCUGUGAAAUUUUUAUUGGAAAACUUCCCAGAGACCUUUUUGAGGAUGAACUCAUACCCUUAUGUGAAAAAAUUGGUAAAAUUUAUGAAAUGAGGAUGAUGAUGGAUUUUAAUGGCAACAAUAGAGGAUAUGCAUUUGUAACAUUCUCAAAUAAGCAGGAAGCCAAGAAUGCAAUCAAGCAACUUAAUAAUUAUGAAAUUAGAAACGGGCGCCUCCUAGGGGUCUGUGCCAGUGUGGACAACUGCCGGUUGUUUGUCGGCGGGAUCCCAAAAACCAAAAAGAGAGAAGAAAUCUUAUCAGAAAUGAAAAAAGUCACCGAAGGAGUCGUUGACGUCAUCGUCUACCCGAGUGCUGCAGAUAAGACCAAAAACCGGGGCUUUGCCUUCGUGGAAUAUGAAAGUCACCGCGCAGCCGCCAUGGCCCGGAGGAAACUCCUACCAGGAAGAAUCCAGUUAUGGGGACAUCCUAUUGCAGUCGACUGGGCAGAACCAGAAGUAGAAGUGGAUGAAGAUACAAUGUCUUCAGUGAAAAUCCUUUAUGUAAGAAACCUAAUGCUGUCCACCUCUGAAGAGAUGAUUGAGAAAGAAUUCAACAAUAUCAAACCAGGUGCUGUGGAGAGGGUGAAGAAAAUCCGAGAUUAUGCUUUUGUGCACUUCAAUAACCGAGAAGACGCAGUUGAGGCUAUGAAAGCUUUAAAUGGGAAGGUGCUGGAUGGGUCCCCCAUCGAAGUGACUCUAGCCAAACCAGUGGACAAAGACAGUUACGUUAGGUACACACGAGGCACGGGUGGAAGGGGCACCAUGCCGCAAGGAGAGUACACCUACUCUUUGGGCCAUGUUUACGAUCCCACCGCAACCUACCUCGGAGCUCCUGUCUUCUAUGCCCCCCAGGCCUAUCCAGCAAUUCCCAGCAUUCAUUUCCCAGCCACCAAGGGACAUCUUGGCAACAGGGCCAUUAUCCGAGCCCCUUCUGUCAGAGAAAUUUACAUGAAUGUACCUGUAGGGGCUGCGGGAGUGAGAGGACUGGGCGGCCGUGGCUAUUUGGCAUACACAGGCCUGGGUCGUGGAUACCAGGUCAAAGGAGACAAGAGAGAAGACAAACUCUAUGAUCUUUUACCCGGGAUGGAGCUCACCCCGAUGAACCCUGUCACUUUAAAACCACAAGGAAUUAAACUUGCUCCCCAGAUAUUAGAAGAAAUUUGUCAGAAAAAUAACUGGGGACAGCCAGUUUACCAACUGCAUUCUGCCAUUGGACAGGAUCAAAGACAACUAUUCUUAUACAAAAUCACCAUUCCUGCUCUGGCCAGCCAGAAUCCAGCCAUCCACCCUUUCACGCCUCCGAAGCUGAGCGCCUACGUGGACGAAGCAAAGACCUAUGCAGCCGAGUACACCCUGCAGACCCUGGGCAUUCCCACCGAGGGCGCUGACGCUCCCACUGCAGCUGCGGCCGCGCCUACCGCUCCCGCUUUUACAGGAUAUGCUGUCCCUAACCCAACUGCACCAGUGUCCACGGCCCACCUCAAGCAAGCCAUGACCCUUGGACAAGACUUAGCAGCAUAUACAACAUACGAGGUCUACCCCACUUUUGCAGUGACUGCCCGAGGGGAUGGAUAUGGAGCCUUCUGAAGCUAUCUUUCUUUUAAUUUAAGAAUAAGACACAAAACUCUAAAGGAAUUAAACCUCUAACUGUCCGCUAGUAAUCACAAGUAAUAUUAAAGUAAUGCCUGUCCUGAGACUGUAUAGCUGAUACUAAUUGUAGAAUCGUGAUAGGACAGUGUUUUUCCUGAUGAAAGCAAAUGUCAAGAAGGCUUCUAACAGAAAGCUAAAAUACCACUACCCCCAAAAGUUUUUCUUCUGGGGUUCCUGAGUGUGUUGGAAGUGUGUGUACAAACCCUAACAAAGCAAAGAGAGAUUUUUUUUUUGCCAGCAAGAAUUCAGGGGCUAAGCAGACCUGGGCAGUCAGUAACUACAAAGGGAGCCAAGUAAACUCCAGGGUCUUAACCAUAGCUUAAACAGCUGCCUUUGUGAUACACUAACAGGCAGUAGGAAGGAGGGAAGAUGCUUUCAAAACAUGUUCCCCAAGGCCCAUUCAUGGGCUGUAUUUUGCAGGCUGGAGCUUGUGAAAAACUGUCCAAGAUUUGAUGGAGUCCCUAUCACUUUAGUCUGAAAAUUUCAUCCAGUCAGUUUGUCAUAGGUCAGCAUCUCCCUGUCCCCUACAGCACUUGGGGACUUUCUGGAAAUUAAUGUGAUAUGUUUUAGAUACAGUUAAAACAAAUCCAGGCCCAUCGUUUGUUAAUCUAUUAGCCCACACCUCUUUUUCCAUAGAACAUCUACCCUUCCCAAGGACCCCACAACACAAUAACCAUUCCAACUUGAAGUGGUUUUUCUCAUCCUAACAUUUUGACUUGACCAUAUUGACUUAUUUUCAUCUCAGUCUCAUUUUGCCUAUCUUUACUAUCAUAAAGGAGUAAAUCAAACCUAUGGAUGGUACCAUUUGUGGUACUUUUUCCUAUUCAUCAAAUUGGCUAAAUUGUCAUUUCAAACAAAGAGAGAAGUGGAGAAUUACUCUCAUUUCUGUGGUCUUUUUUGUAGCCACCAGACCACCAUCCAGCAUUCAGAGACUAUUAUAUUAACUUGGGUUCAGCCUUGGACUACCUAAUGCACUUAUAUCUCCCAAGAAAUCCUCUACCAUCCCUUCCUUUUACUUCAGUAAGUAAAUCUGAGUCCUUUAGUCUUGAAGCUGUCCCAGGAAAACCUUACAUCUGCCACUGCUGAUUAGAAGUUGAUUUUUUCAGACACUUAGCAAGGGUGGUAUAUUUACCAAAAUCCCCUAGAAUAUCUGAUGGGGUCAAGGGGGAUACACACAUUGGGCUGGAGGUGAAUAGAAGGCCCUACUUUCUUGCCAUACUUGUUAAUGAUUGCCUUUUGUUCCAAACAGAAAUAACUGAAGUCUGAACACCAAAUACCUAUUACUACCACUCUAGUCUCAUUAGUAGUUUCAGGUAUAUAUUAAUAGAAUUUCCAUUUUUAAAAUCCCUUGGCCCUUGAAAUUCUACAGGACACAAGGAAAAACAAACAUAAAGGCAUACAAAAAUUUAUCACCUCCUUAAUGGAAUUCUGUGAUCCCAACCAAAUCAGGCCAGAUUCCAAUAAAAAUCAGGUAAAUUCCAGUAACAAAAAGUCCCUGUAACCUUUCAGUUCUAUUAACUCCAAUCAGAUGUCAAAGGCUAUAGCUCAAAACUCUCAAAGGCCUGGGCUUUCAGCUUUAUAUUUUGCUUCGCAUAUUCCCUAGCACAGUGGUUCCAAACAUGACUGCACAUUAGAAACACCUAGAGAUCUCUUCAAACUGCUGAUGCCAAGAUCACACUUCCUACCAAUUACACAGAAUGUCUUAGGAUCAGAGCCUGGCAUCAGGACUUUUUAAAGAUCCUUAGGUGAUUCCAAUGUGUGUCUAAGUUUGGGAACUGCUAUAUUCUUUGCAUUUUCACUCUAUCCUUUAAUUUGUUUUCUAUUUCACUUUUGUUAAAUAGAAAAAUGCAAGAAAAUAUCGUCUAAGUUAAAAACAGCCAAAUCAUAUUUUACCUAUACUCAUCUCAUAAAAUGUAUGAAUUUGAAUAUAAUUUAUAUUGGCUGCAAAAUAACUCUUUCAAGUAAUUCUAAAAAUGAGAAAAUGAAAAAAUUCCUCCUUAAGCAAUUCUUAGGUCCAAAUUUACAGUCACUGGGGGCAGGCAAAUUCUUAUUCAGUCCAAAAAAGUAUUCCAAAUUCCAAGAGCAAAAGUUCCAGUGUUUUUCAAAUCUUUGAAAUUAAUAGAAAAGGACACUCUGCAUGUCUAGUCAAUGCAAAAUAGAUGGUUUGAUCCAGGAGUUUUACAUUUAAUCACAAUGAACAAUUAGUUAAUAUGGGAAACUUUUUAUGAGAAAAAUCAUUAUCCCAGAUUAAAUCAUAAUCACUUUUCAAAGAGGUUAAGAACAGAGAUGUAAAUAUACAAUAAUGUUGAAGUAUCAAGAAAAUUACCACAAGAACAUCUCAUUAUUUGUUCAAGAAAAAACACAAAUAUUCAUGCCAUUUAUCCCCUAAGAACUGAUUUCAUUCAAGUGAGUUCAUGUGGCUUUAUUUUUUGCUGAGAUUUUAUUUCAUUCUAGUAAAAUCUAGAGAAUUCUUUCAAUUCCACUAGAACAUAUCCAUACAAUGUGCCUACCAUGCCAUAUGUUUGUAUUUAUAUUCUGACCAGAUUAAGUAAUGUAGAGGCAGUCCUGCAAUAAUGAAUUUGAAACUUCAAAAAAAAUGAGAUUUUUUAAGACAUGAAGAGUGGAAUCAAAGGUUUAUUUGGCUUGAUGUUCAUAUUUGGGGACUUCAGAAAUUAGCACCUCAUUUAAUAUCUAUCGUACCUUGUGUAUCAAUAUCUAUUUUUCUAUUCUUUCUUUCUUCCAAGAAAAAAUUCUUCAUAGAAAAAAAUGAGUCAACCAACCAA